AUGCGAUCAUUGGGAGCUGUGGCUGCUGCGCUGCACGCAUCUCUGCUGGUGCUGCUGGCCCAGGGGAUGCACAGAUCCAGGGAUGGAGUUUACAUCAGGGCGCAGGAGCGGUUUUCCCUCAUGGAGCGAUCGGCCGGGUACCACCUGCCUACCUACAUGAUGCAUCUCUACAGGAAUUUCAAGUACAACUUUUCCAGGCCUUUGGAUACUAUGGAGCAGGAUGCCGCAAAGCAAGCAGACACCGUGAAGAGUGUGAUGGCCAAAAGUUUGACGUACAGACAGAGGCGCUGGAUUGCGACCUUUGACCUCCACGCCCUGCUGGCUGACAAACAGAUCCAGGCAGCAGAGCUGAGGAUCAGGCUCCCUCGGACACCGAGUGCUUCCAACAUCACCGUGGAGGUCUAUCACCAGCACGGCCAGGCAUGCCAUGUGCACAAGAGCUGCCAGGAGCAGCAGCUGGUGGGGCUGCUCACUGAAUCAUCGCUGGUCACAUCAUCACAGAACUGGAAAGUGUUCAACAUGACAAAACCUCUCUCGAGCUGGCUCAGACAAAAAUCGGUGACGGCCAGAAUUCGAUACAAAAGAGUGUCGAGAAGACGAGGGGCGGUAAAGACAAAGAGUGGCCUGUCGCUUCCCGAUCAGCCUGUUCACGUAGUGAGCCCGAGAGGAGAGCAGGACAUGAGGGACCGGGCCUUGUUGGUCAUCUUCUCACAAACUGGCUCCGAUGAGAACUCAAAGGUCAAAGCGAGCUUACUCCACACAGCUGAACAAUCCAAGUUCUUGUCCCCUGCUGAAAUCAAAAAGGCCCGCUGGCCGAAGAGGCGCAGGAGCAAACGGGGCCAGAAAGAACAAACUGUGAGAAGCCCGCAGGCGUCCAAAAAAGGGAAUGAAAAAUCUCUCUGUCGCAGAGUCGACUUGCAGAUAGACUUUAAUCAAAUUGGCUGGGGGUCCUGGAUCAUCUUCCCUAAAAAAUAUAACGCUUUCCGCUGCGAAGGCUCCUGCCCCAGUCCCCUGGGAGAAGACCUGAAUCCAACAAAUCAUGCUUACAUGCAGAGUUUACUGAAACAUUUCCACCCAGACAGAGUGGCAGCGCCCUGCUGUGCCCCGACCAAAAUGAGCCCGUUAAGCAUGCUGUACUACGAAAACGGCGAGAUGCUCCUUCGACAUCACGAAGACAUGAUUGUGGAUGAAUGUGGCUGCCAGUGACAGCUGCGACCACCUCCAACCAUGACCUGUGCUGCUGAGCGGUGUUAACAGCAUUAAAAAAAAAAAUGCUGUACAGAAAAAACAAGACACUUAACCAGACGGAAAAAAGCUCUUUGAUAUUUGUCACUGUGCACUGUGAGAUUGUAGCUGAUCGAUGUGCAGAGAUAGGAUUUUAAUUUGUGAUGUGAGCUCUGGUUUGUAAGGAGAACAUUGUUAUUUUAAGAUGUGCUGAAAUACAAACUCAACAAUAGCAUCCAGCCAUCCAGCUGUGUGCAGAUGUUACAAUGCGAUGUACAACUUUAUUUCCCUUAUUAAUUUCAUCAAUGUAAACAUGAAAUGGCAAUGUUGUUGAAUAUUCCAGCACUGUUUUUAUUGUACAUUACCAUUUGUGUAACUGUAAAUUAAUGUAUAUUUAUUGUAAAUAUUAAAAAGAUUGUAUUUAUGUACAUUUUGUGCAUGGAUUAUGUAUUUUGCCAUGUUUUAUUACCUAUGCUGUACUGUACUUGUCUUGGCACGUGAGCAUAAGAAAGUUAUAUAAUGGCUGGCCUAUACUUAUACCUAAACAUCACCUACUUAAAAGAGUAUUAUCAAAGAUUUUUUUAAGUAUUGGAACUGGAUAUCAAACCUUACCCUACCAACAGCUGGCAUCAGUUGUCUUGUGAGAUUUAUAAUCUUGUUCAUUUAUCGUUUAAUCAAAUAUUUUCUGAUUUAAGUAGUAUCCGAGUAUUUCAUUUAGUCAGUUGUUGUUGUUGGGCUGCUUGUUUUUAGACAUUUAGGUUUGGAAACCACAGAGAAAUAUAUCUAAUUCUUAAAGGUCCAGUGUAUAGAAUUUUGGGGCAUCCAUGGGCAAAAAUGGGAUAUUAUUUUCAUAAUAUUUUUUUCAUUAGUGUAUAAUCACCUGAAAAUAACAAUAGUGUUUUUACUUACCUUAGAAUGAGCUGUUUAUCUCUACAUACCAAGCCUUUUCUUCAACAAAGUCUUCCAUGUUGUCCUACAGUAGCCUUAAAGGGCCAAACCAAUCACUGAUUUUAAAUAGGCCCAUUCAUAUUUUUACACCAGCCACUGUAGUACUUCUACACGCUUGGUACAUGUUAGAAGUUUGAGUUAGUUGCAAUCUGCAACCUCACCACUAGAUGCCACUAAAUCCAACACAUUAAGCCUUUAAAGUAUAGAAAAGGGAUCAUUCUGGUAUACCCAGGCCCCCAGGAAGUGCUUCUGGCUUCAAAGCCAAUUAGACAUAAGCUCCAUUUACACCAAACACUUUCAGUAUGGUACCUUUGGAACCAAAAGUAACCCUUCAGACCUGGUACCUAGACCCUAGUGUUUCCACUGCAAACAGUGCUCUUAAAUGUGGGUUGGGUUGUUGUCACUCACUGCUCCAUCCAGCACUCACUGUAUUUCCUCCUUUAUUAGUAUGCACCUCGUUUAUCGUCCACAGAGCGGGUUACACGCUAAUGUUUUCAGAACAAAAUAAAACAGGCUGCAGUGAGAGCCCCUCUCCAUUGGAUUUCGGGGGGGGGCUGAUGGAUUUGCGUCAUCAACUCAUACAUUGAGCAACAUAACAAGUAAACGCUCACCUUAAAAGUUGCCGGCAGUCGGCCCAGUGAAUUAUUUUUUCUCAGACUGCAGCUGCUCCAAGAGGCAGCAAAACAUCCUUUCAUUUUAUAGUUACAGUUUACGAAUAUACGUAAAACUCUCCACGGUAUGAACAGUGGUUACAUGGGCCUCAAAACCAGCCACAACUCAGCCCUGAGCCCAUAGCUGUGUGCUAGGUACCACGACAGAAGAGUGACCAAAAAUGGAGUUGGUACGGAACGGUUCCAUUGGUAACAUCCACAACUUUUCACAGUGGAACUGGGAAAAAAAGCAUACCGAACUUAACUAUACCGUAAGUACUGUGGCUUAACAAUGGAAUCAUAACUUCCUGGUCUGUCACGUGAUGCUACUGGACCCAAAAAGACUUUCUGUCAUAGACUUGCGUUGUGAAAGAGACAUUUGUAAAGCAGUGGAUACAUGUUUUUGAGCAUCACAAUGAUUAGCUUCACUAUCUGCAAUUGAUCCAUUUGGUCUGACAACAUUUCGAAUGUCGGAAGUAGAUGCUCAAUUGUUUAAGUCUCUAGUGUUCUUGCUGUAUGGGCCCAGAGAUACAGAAGAUCCUGAUAAUUUUACAUGUGGGAAGUCAAAGCUCUUUGGCUUCAUGCAUCACUGAGCAACUUUCAUGGGACUGACCCAUGAAACACUGUAUCCAGUAGCAGUAGCUCAGUCCAUAGGGGGACUUGGGUUGGGAACCGGAGGGUCGCCUGUCGAGUCCCCGUCUGGACCAAAAUAUGGAGCGCGGACUGGUAGCUGGAGAGGUGCCAGUUCACCUCCUGGGCACUGCCGAGGUGCCCUUGAGCAAGGCACCGAACCCCCCAACCGCUCGGGGCACCUCACCAAGGGCAGCCCCCUCACUCUGACAUCUCUCCACUUUGUGCACGUAUAGGUCCUGUUUGUGCAUGUGUGUGUCUUU